AUGAAGCCGCGAAGCGCUGGCAAUAACCCUGAAGCUCUGUCCGCCCCGAACGCACGCGCGCAUGCGGAGGCCUCACGGGCGGAACCUGAGAGCGAAGGUGGAUAUUCCGAGGGCGCCUACGCGUCGCUUCGAGACGAAGGCGAGAGUGGCGAGGACAAGGCCUCGCUGCGAGAAACGAACGCGGGGCAAGGCACGCUAAAGCUUCCCCCUCGCGGAACCCUUGGAGAGAAACCGUCGAAUCCAGAAGCGUUUCCUGCUCCUCCCGUUCCUUCUUCGUCUUCCACUUCUGUCUCGUCUUCGCUCGCUGCUUCUUCUCUUCCGCCUUCGGCCUCGCUGUCUGUGCGGCCGGUCUCAGUGCGGCCUGCAGACCCCCCAGCGACUGCAUGCAGCAAGUCUUCAGCUCGGCCCCCGGCGAGGGUGUCCCGCCGUCGCGGAGACAACCCGCAGUCUCGGCGGCCGUCGCAUGCACAUGCGCCUCCUCCACCUCGGGGUGGUCGCAGGCGACUCCGCAGGGAUACAGACGAGGCAAGAUACAUUCGGCUGUCUCGCGAGGGUUCGCUCGCUCGGUUCAGCAGUUCGCUGCGUCUGGGGCUUCUGCGGAGUGGUCUGCCGGUGAAGAUUGCGCUGGAAUCUUCCGAGGUUGCCUCUCUGCAGCUGCCUGCGCCGCUCUUUCUCUUUCUCCCUCGGUCCUCGUACCUUCCGCAGAUCGUGAGCGAAUGCGUCAGUCGCUUUCGCUUCUUUCUCCGCCCCACACAGAGCCCCGGAGUCCCUGGCCCCGCGCGGGCGCCAUCGCCCUGCUUCUCCUUUCUGGGCUCUCCACUGGACUGGAGACUGCCGCUGGGUGUCUCCUUCGACCUCUUCACAGCGUGUCAGCUGUCGCCUGCGGGGCCUAGUUCGCCCUGGCUGGGCGCCCAGGGAGACAGUCUCUCCCGAGGCGCAAGGAGACAGGCCGCAGACGCCAGAGACGCCGGGAGCGAAGGCGCAGGGGGAGAACCUUCUGGCCGCUCGGCGGGGCUCGCCAACGCGAGAGGGGCAAACGGGGAAGGCAAGGGCGGGAGGCCGCGCGACUUGAGGACGAGGCAGGGGACCGGACGACCGUCUCUGCGAAGGAACAGAGGGAAUUCGACCGAGACGGAGGCAGGAGAACUGAUCGCUGUGUGCCCGCCGGAAGCGUGUGGGGCGUCGGUCCCCCUUCCCUGGCCCCUAACGUUUCACUUCCACUCCUCGCCCGCCACUCUCUCUCGGCCCCCCAUCGCGCUUCCAGCCGCUCGCAGCUUGCACGGCGACGCAGGCGAACGCGAGACGAGGGCCGGAAGCGAGUCCGCAAGUGCUUCGCGACCGAACGCGAGUUCGGCGUCGCAAAGCGAACAGGUCAAAGGCGGAGGCGGCUUCGUGGACCGAAGCGAAGAAGAGAAAGGGGGCGGAGCUGCUGGCCAUGCAGCGGAGCGCGGCCCGACCCCGUCUCUUCUUCUGCCUCCAGCGGCGACGCCUUACGAAGGGUGGGCUGCGUUCGAGUCUCUGUUCCUCAACAACCUGCGCCAGGCGUCCUACUUGCUUACGGGGUCGGCCGCGGCCUUCCAUCACCUCUCAAAGGCAGACGAACUCGCGCUUCUCGCCGCCUUUCGAACUGCCGACUUGGCUGCGUAUCUCGAGGCCGUCGCACCUCUGGAGGGGGGUGAGCCGGAGCGCCGCCCCGGGCACCCUGGCCCGCGCGCGAGAUCCCGGGCGGCGCGAGGUUGGGCUCCACCUGUGGACGGAGUGGGAGACUGGUGGCGAGAAGGCAGAACGAAGGCCUGCAGACCCGACCAGGGCACAGUUCACCGGCUUCCUGUGCGUUUGCACUUUGUCACCCGAGGCGUCCUGGGACGAAGGGAGACGGAGAGUGGAGACGCGGCUCGGGGCGCGGAAGAAGCGGAGGAAAGUGGUGGCGAAGGAAGGCGAUGGGGGCGUGCGUCGACGCAAACGUUGGGCUCAAAGAAACAGGCAGUGCCUUUGCUGAUGUCGAUGCUCACGGCGGUGCCGGUCUUCUCCGCAGCUGAGACAGAGGCCAGCGCCCGCGUGCAUGCGCGAGGCCUGGCAGGUUCAGGUGGGGGCGAUGGAAAGAGCGACGACGGCUCUGGGGACGGGGCUGCCGCGGGGCUGUGUGAAAGUGACUCUGGGCGGCUGUCGUCUCGAUCUGAAGGAGAAAGGAAAGGAGGUCGGGAGACAACGCAUGCAGAAGACAGACCGCGGAGUCAGAGCACCAGCGAGACAGAUCCGCUUCCGUCCGGGAACUCUGCUCCUUCGAAACGAGAUGACAUCGCGAGCGCCUUCCCAGGCUCGGCGCGCCGUGCACGCAGCGCGGAUUCCGAGGCAGGCGCGUUCUACACUCUCGGUGACCUCCUUCACUCGACGUUGCAGCAACUGUUUCCCAGGAAGACUUGGCGCCGAGUGCGGACUGGAGCCGGGCGCACGCGCCUGGACUCCGGGUCCGUGGCGGCAACGCGAAGGCAGGCACACGACCCCCCAAUGGAGGGGCGAGGAGACAGAACGCGCGUUCUCGCGGCGUCGCUUCCGUCUUCCAGAGUGGGAGGCAGGGAAGACGAAGGACAGAAAAGAGAGAGCGCCGAGGAAGGCUGGUUCUCUGGCAGUGAAGAAGGCGACGCUUCCGACAGGAGCGAGGACUGCGAUCUCUCCACCGCGUCGGACGACGACUGGGAGGAUGACAGCGAGGGGCUGAGCACAGAGGGGGAGAUUGUCUCCGUUCGACCGCUGUAUCGCUCUCGAGGCUGUCGCGUCCUCGUUCAAGGCGUUGAACCGUUGCUCGAGACGCCGCUCUAUUGGCUCUGGAAAAAUGCGUCGUGUAUGGAUUUGUUUCUUCAUGUCGUUGUUGUGCUUCCUCCCACUGUCACCCCUCGCCUCAUUUGCGACACUCCCGCGUAA